CUCUUCCUUUCCUUCCUCUACUCUCCUCCUUGUCUCAUUGUUUUUUGCAACAACAUUCUCUAAAGUAGCUCUGCGAACAGCCCUUUCGUACAGAAAUACAAUCAUCGCCAUGAAAUACACGACUUUCGUCUUCAGCAUGCUCGCCGCCAUUGCACACGCAUGGCCUACAGCAAACAUCUUCCCAGCAUCCGACAGCCUUCCAGUCAACUGGAAAGAUGUCAAGACACAGACGGACCUUGGUGUUUUGCGUGUAGCAAACAGCAUGGCCUUGGCUGCCACAUCGGGUGACUCGUUCAUUCCGUUCUCAAUCCAGCCUUCGCGCAUCAGCGGUAUCCCCAACAUCUACGCAGUUGCCUACUCACUUGAAGAUGGCGCCAUCAUCGCACCAAUUGGCCGUGUCAAGACCGAGCAGUACAAGACCCUGGGCAUCGACAAGGGUGGAAUGGUCAGCCUGCGCAUUCCUGAGACUACUGUCAAGGAGUUGGCUUCAUCGAGCGGUGUUUCUGCUGUACGACUUGCUAUCCUGGCCCCUGAGGCUUCGAGUGAUGUGACUGUUGGCCAGUGGGCCGCUGACAGCGUUGUGUUUGCUCUGGGUACAAAUGGUAUCGAGGAGCAGUCCAAGGCUGACGAGCAGUCCAGCGCUAAUGCCAGCGCUAACACUAGCGCUAACGCCAGUGCUAACACCAGUGCUAACACCAGCGCAAACGCCAGCGCAAACGCCAGCCCCAGCGCUAGUUCCCACUAGAUAGUAGUGCGAUAUCACAAUAUCAACUGAAAUAUUCGAAUAUACUAUCCUCGA